AUUGAAUUCAAUUUAUUUUUUAUAUAGCGUCAAAUCAUAACAGAAGUUAUUUCGAGACGCUCAUCAUCAUAUAAACGUUAAAAAAUGUGCAUAGUGUGUGAGAAAAAGAAUCGUUUGUAAAGUGCACAUUAGGUUUAUUUUAUAGGUUUAUAAACAUGAUAUAAACAGAUAGUGCAAAUAUUGCCGGUGUGCAAACAGUGUGUGUGUGUGUGUGUGUCUGCUGAAUAUCUGCAGGUGAGAUAACUGUGUAACUUUGGAGUAACGGUGCUACAGUAUCAAACAGCUCCAGGUUUUUUUUCUUCCAGCAGGGGACCGUUAGCGGUCCCUAGCCCGCAGUUUGGGAACCGCUGCCCGGACUGGCCGACCUCUGCUCUCCACCGGCUCUCUGCCUCUCCGACUCCGCCUCCCUCAGCACCAACACACCGACCGACUCCCCAGCCAGCCUGCCUGCUGCCGCCACCCCGAAGCCCCUUCCAGCUCCAGCUCCAGCCUCCUGUAAAAAACCUUCUUCCCACUUCCCAAAACCGGACUCCAUACUUUCUUCCCCAACGCGAACCAACCACAAAUGCACUGCUAGUUUUUACCCCCGGAAGGAAGGAACAAAAAAAAAGAAUAGAAAAGUAGUGGAGCUGUGUCGGGAUAAGUUUUUUCUUCCUUGCCCCCAGUUUUUCGGCCCCGCGGCGGGGCAAAGGCAGGACAGCAAGGGCAGGCCGGGAGGAGGAGGAGGAAAAGGAGACCGUAUGAUGUGGAUCUGGUACCUUCUGCUUGGUUCGGGGUCAGGCUCGAGAACAGUUGAGAGCCAGCUGCUCCCAGGGAACAACUUCACCACAGAGUGCAACAUCCCUGGAAACUUUAUGUGCGGAGAUGGGAAGUGUGUCCCAGGUGGGUGGCAGUGCGACGGAUUGCCCGACUGCUUCGACAGGAGCGACGAGAAAGGCUGCCCUAAGGUCAAGUCAAAGUGCGCCCCUACCUUCUUCGCCUGCGCUAAUGGCGUCCACUGCAUCAUUGGACGCUUCCGCUGUAACGGCUUCAGUGACUGUCCUGACGGGAGCGACGAGGAGAACUGCACAGGCAACCCACUGGUGUGCUCGGAGGCUCGCUUCAAGUGUCGGAAUGGCCACUGUGUAGACCGCAGCUUCUUGUGUAACGGCCAGGACAACUGUCAGGACAACAGCGACGAGGAGCUCUGCCUCACUACAGCAGAAGCUCCGGGGCAGGACUUUGUGACACUGGACUAUCGCCUGCGCUACUACCCCAGCAUCACCUACGCCGUCAUCGGCAGCGCCGUUAUCUUCGUCCUGGUGGUGGCGUUGCUGGCCUUGGUGCUCCAUCACCAGAGGAAGCGGAGCGUCCUGCUGCCCAGAGGCGUGAGAGGGAGCUCGCACCACCACCACCACCACCAGCCCCUGCUGCUGUCCCGGCUGGUCAUUUUGGACCGGGGCCACGUCCAUCCCGGCGGUCCAGGUCUCUCCCCCGGGUCCCCCACUGCAGUUGGCCAGUACAGCUCAACUCCUCAGGCACUGCAGCUGCUGUCUGGGACCCUUUACCCCUCCGGACUCUCCAUGGACUCACCUCCAUCCUACUCACAAGCUGUUCUGGAUGUCAGUCGGCCUCCCUGGUUUGAUCUCCCUCCUCCCCCAUACCUCUCAGAUGGGGAACUUCCAUCAGAUGGCGAGCUGCCUCAAUACGAGGGCCCACAAGACCCUUUGAGUCAUCCCAGAGCACAUCCCUCUGCACCCUCCACACCCAGAACUGUGCCCUCAGGCAUGCAGCCGAGUUCAAGCUCCAGAGAGGAGUCGGACCAGCUGUAGCCUCGCUCUCUUGGUAGAACUAGUUAGAACUCUGCAGGACUGAAGGACCAGGCUGCAGGGCCACGAGGCCCAGGACAGUCCACAGCAAAGUCCUGCUGAGGAGAAUCAACAAGGACUAAGAGACUGUAGACUAAACGGUGUCCUAAACUCAUCGCCUACGCUUAGGCUUACUGAAGCACUGGACUAAGACGAGCUCAUCCUGCUAGACGGAUCUUGUAUGCUGGCUCCCCCUGCUGGGGUCACGGCUCCGCUACACCUUAACCAGUUCCACAUCCAUUCAUUUCUCAUCUGUUUCUUGGAGAAAUACUGUGUAAUGAUACCCACCAGUGACCACAGCCUGCAUCUGCAAAGAAGUAGGAGUUCCUUCAUUAUAUCAUACGUGAUAGCAAAAUGUGGCACCUGAAAUGAUCAUUGUAUAGUAUAGUCAUGACAGAGCGGUGUAAUUCUCACACUUUGGCAACACUUGAGUCAAGGUCAUGCACCAUUUUGCAACACUCCUAACUGUACUUCACAUUUCACAUCUACAAUGUUAUUUUUAUUGUGUUCAAAUACCUGAAUGCUAGAUAAAUUCUGUACUGUUGAGGAUCACUGCUACAUUUGAUGAUUUACUGUACUUAGAUCACUUUAGCAAUCACAUGAUUCAAUCAGCCUUAUUCUUACUGAAGUUGAUACACUUUUAAAAGUCAAAAUGAAGACGAUAUAGUAGUGUAGUGUAAUUUUGUAAUAGUUUAACAGAAACAAAUACAGAUGUGAUGUACAAGAGCAGCUCAAUCAGCGGUACUCAAAAUGUGUUUUUUUUUUUUUUCAGAGAUGAUGUGAACAAUGACCUGAUAAUAUUUCUACAGUGGACUGGUUGUAGUAAAAAAAAUAACAUUUUGUAACUUCGUCUAGUGGUACUUCAAACUAAACCCAUAUUAGUGAAGUGUUUCCUCUGAGAAAAAUGUAAGAGAGAUAUCUAGAUGAGCAGUGGAGGUCUUGCGCUUUUUCACAAUAUUUUCCACAAUAUUUUCCACAAUAUUUCUUGUUGUCAUUUGGUUAAAUUACAAGCUAAAAAAUGUGAAAAGGACCAUUGAGAUUUUUUUUUAAAUAAUGCUGAGUAGAAAUGCUAUAUAUACAAAAGUAUAUAUCCUUACCAAGUGAGUUGCAUACAUCAUUCCUCUAAGCAAAAGAAUCACCUCUGUUGGCAAAGAGAACUUUUUUAUUACAUUUCUGUUUGAAGACCAAUCAUGUUUUUAAUGUAGACACAAAAAAAGAAAUCAAAAUGAUUUUGUUGAGGCCUUAUUGUGUGCCUGUUUGGCCCUUAGUGCCUUUGCUUGUGAUAUGUUUGUGGACACAAAUCGCCUAUUUAGAACCUCUAAAAACAACGACAGCCUGGUAAGCUCACAUGACAAUAUACAUUUAGGAAUAUCAUGUCUCAGAUCAUUUUUUAAUGUAUAUAACUAUGUCAUUCUGGAAAAUCAUCCUCAGUAGUAUUAGACAAUGACCAUCAAAUCCAUAUCUGAAGGAUCUGUUUUUGUAAAUUUACUAUUGUCUUUUGACCUUUGUUCGUUCAUUUCAAAGUGUUCAACACUGUACAUACAAGAUAGGGGAAGUAAAGAAAUCUAUUUAAAAAGUAGAGUUUAAAGUGAGAUGUGAAUGUGUAAAUGUAGUUGUGCUUUACAUCUUUCUUUUCCUCCAGAGCCAGCAGUAAAGUGUGCAGGCACAAGAAAAACAAUCAAACCAAAGAUAAUCAUUAUUAACCUUAACCCAAGGAUAUUACCCUCCAAAGCAGUGAUUAUAUGUGUCACAACAACUAUUUGUACCUUUAUUAUAUUAAAAUGUACAAAGGUUUAUUGAGUAAAUCAGAAUUCAUGUUAUUUGCUGUAAAACUGGAAAACAUUUCUCAGGACAAAAUUUAUCCCAGUCUGUCUGUUCUGUUGUUUUUAUGUUGGUUUUGUUUUAAGGAAUGUUUUUCCUAUUUUUCUGAUUUGAUCUCAUGAGGUUAGUUAUUUACAUAUUUGUGACAUUGCCAUCAUGAUCUUUUUAUCCCUUGUAUUCUGUACAUUGAAAGUAAUAUAAAAUUCUGACUCAGA